AUAGUUUCUCUAGGCUUACGUUGAGCCACAUGUGCUACCUUACCUGUCAGCAGUACCACCCGCCAUGUGUCUCUCUGAACCAAACUGUUCUUCAUCUUCGUGAACCCACUUGCCUCAGUCUCCAUUCACUACUUGUGCCUCACGGCAAUCUUUGAUUCCCACUUCUGCUUCAGUGAAGAAAAAACCAAACAGAGAGAGAGAGAGAGAGAGAGAGAGAAUUUCAUAGCUAAUAUCAACUUUAGAAAGAAAAAAAAGGGGCAAUAUCAAAUGAGGUCAGUUAUUUCUCGGUUGAUCUUUUCAAAACAAUCGAUUCCCAGACUCAAUACAAUGGCUGUAUCCGGAAAUGGGAGAUAUAUGACAACAGAUUCUACCAAGGUUGAUGAACCAUUCAAGGUUGACAAAGCGUCCAAAGUUGAGGAAGCAGAGACGGUAGAUGUUCCCCCACCUCCAACACAGAAGUUACUUGUGUUGGGUGGAAGUGGAUUUGUUGGAUCACAUGUUUGUAGAGAAGCUUUAGAUCGGGGAUUGACUGUUGCUAGCCUCAGCAGGUCUGGUAGAUCAUCUAUACGUGAUUCUUGGGCUAACCACAUUACCUGGCAUCAAGGAAACCUUCUUUUACCUGAUACAUUGAAGGAAGCUCUUAGUGGGGCGACUGCUGUUAUCUCCUGUGUCGGUGGUUUUGGCUCCAACUCUCACAUGUAUAAAAUUAAUGGGACUGCAAACAUCAAUGCAAUAAGAGCUGCUGCAGAACAAGGUGUGAAAAGAUUUGUGUAUGUCUCUGCUACUGAUUUUGGCUUGGCAAAUUACUUACUGCAAGGAUAUUAUGCGGGAAAGAGAGCUGCUGAGACGGAGCUGCUAACCAAAUUCCCUUAUAGUGGAGUGAUUCUGAGGCCUGGGUUUAUUUAUGGGACUCGCAGUGUUGGGAGCAUGAAGAUACCUUUAGGUGUAAUCGGUUCUCCUUUGGAGAUGGUUCUCCAACAUGCAAAACCGAUGAGCCAGCUGCCACUCGUUGGGCCUCUGUUCAUUUCUCCUGUCAAUGUUACCGCAGUGGCACAAGUUGCUGUUAGAGCAGCCACGGAUCCAGUUUUUCCUCCCGGCAUCAUAGACGUCCCCGGAAUACAACGUUAUAGCCAACAAAAGUCAUCAUAAAAACGUCAGUCAUUUUUUUUUUCUUUUGUUUAUCCAUAUAGAGUUGACUCUAAGCUGUUAAAAAAUUGUUGCUGAAUGAAAAAACACAUGGUUUGUGCUGUUAGUGAGGAAUAAAGGUUUGAUGAUCAUUUCAUGUCUUGAUUUUGAUGUAAUAACAUGCGCUAAUUAUGCGCAUGUGUUUGUCGACCAUUGUUACUGAUAGAAUAAUCAUUUUGGUGACUGAAAAUUGAUGACUAACAUGCUUUUUCAUGUGGGAAAUGUACAUCAAGGCUUUAUCUUCUGUUUUCAAA